AGAAGCUAGGUAGGUACAUAUACCUACUAGUAGUACAAGUACUCGUCGAUCACCCAGUCGUGUGCGGCCCGGCCGGUGGUCGCCAAUAAUGAUGGAUCCGGAUUUCGUCUAUAGCCUUCGGAUUGAGUCGUGGACACUCUUUACCAUUGCGGUGCUUAUCUUCUGUCUACGGCUGUUCACCCGGAUAUAUUACAAUGGCUGGCGGAUGGGGAUUCAGAGUGAUGACUAUGUCAUGACUUUUUCCAUGAUCUCUUACACGGUUCUGAUAACCCUCAUGAACCUCGUUGCCGUCAGCGGCGGCAGCAAUCUAUUCCCGCCCGAAGACCUCAAGACCUUCACCCCCGAGAACAUCUCGGAGCGUAUUGAGGGCAGCAAGCUGGUUCUCGUAUCGGAGCAGGCGAUGUUGUUGACCAUUUGGGGCAUCAAAGUCUCGCUCCUGAUAUUUUACUCGCGGUUGACCUCGGGACUCCAUGCGAAGCGCGUAGUCCAGGGUGUCGCCUGCUAUGUUGCUAUGGGAUUUGUAGCAUGCGAGCUGACAUUCUUCUUUGCGUGUCGGCCGUUUACGGGGUACUGGGCGGUUCCACCUCCAGAUCCGGAAUGCACCACGUUCGUGCAUUACGCCACCGUCAAUGCCGUCUUCAACAUCAGCAGUGAUAUCAUGAUGAUGUUCAUUCCCCUGCCACUACUCAUUGCAAGUAAACUACCAUUAAGGCAAAAGAUCGCCGUGUGUACCGUGUUCCUUAUGGGAGUAUUCGUGAUCAUUGCCGCAAUCCUCACCAAGGUCUUCAAUCUGUCGGAUGUCUACAACACCGAGUACAUGAAAUGGUAUAUCCGCGAAGCGUCGACAGCCCUGUACGUCUCGAACAUCCCACUGGUCUGGCCCUUGAUCCGGCGGGUGAUCCCCGGCUUCGCCAGCUCCGUCUCCUCCGCGGCGCGGAGCAUGUCGCGGUACGGCAACCACGGCGCCACAUCCACCAACGACGUCGAGCUGCGGACGCAGAGCACGCGCACCGCGAAGAUGUCCGCCUCCAAAAUGAAAUCGGGCGGCGAUCAAGCGUGGGAAAGCGACAGCAUGGAGAGGAUUGUGGGUGUGGAGAGGGAGCUCGAGGGCGGCGUCAUCAGGCAGGAGGUUACGGUCACCGUCGAGAGCGAGAAGGCGCAGGGCAGCUGGCUGGAUAUGGGCGGUGAGGAGGGAAUGGUCUUUGUGGGAGCGGAGGGCGCGAGAAGCGCUUUCGAGUACUCGAUUAAUAUUGAGAGUGCUCACCGCCUAACGCCGUCGUAG